AGAAAAGUCACUUUUGCACCUUUUUUUUUUUGGGUCGUGAAUUUGAAGCACCGAUUUUUUUUUCUUUUCUUUCCUUUUUCUUUAAUCUUAUAUCAUGAACGAACCUCUCAAAGACUCAAAAACUCCAAAAGAUGUAAAAGACAAGGAUAUAAAAGACCGCGAAGCUGGUGUGGGUCCUGGUCGAAGGAAGACUGUACGAAAGGGCAUGUUUGCAAAAGAUUUGAAACUACUCAUGUAUGGUUUUGGUGAUGCUCCAACUCCUUCUUCAGAUUCUAUUGCCCUUAUGGAUGAUCUAGUGAUAGAUUAUAUUACAGAAAUGUGUCAAAAGGUAUCGAAAGUAUCUGAAAGUCGAGGCAAAUUACGUGUGGAAGACUUUAAGUUUGUGUUGCGAAAAGAUCCAAAGAAAUUGGCACGUGUGGAAGAACUAUUAUACAUGAAUGAAGAUAUCCGACGAGCAAAACAACUCUUUGACGAAAAGGAAAUGGAGCCAACCGAAGAAUCUCAACAACAACAACAACAAUAAUAG